GCGAGGCGAGGCGGGGCGGGGUCGAGCGCAACGGGAAGGGGAAGCCGCGCGGGUCGGGAGCCGCGCUGCGCCAGCCGGGCUGCAGCUGCCGCGCACCAAGCGCUGAGAUGGGGCUGGAGACCGAGAAGGCGGAUGUCCAGCUCUUCAUGGACGAGGACUCCUACAGCCGCCACAGCGGCGUAGAUUACGCCGACCCCGAGAAGUUCGUGGAUCCGGGCAGCGACCGAGAUCCCCACCGGCUCAACUCGCAUCUCAAGGUGGGAUUCGAGGAUGUGAUUGCAGAGCCCGUGUCUACGCACUCUUUUGACAAAGUGUGGAUCUGCAGCCACGCUCUCUUUGAAAUCAGCAAAUACGUGAUCUACAAGUUCCUGACGGUGUUCCUGGCUAUCCCCUUGGCUUUCGCUGCGGGAAUUCUCUUUGCCAUCCUCAGCUGUCUGCACAUCUGGAUUAUAAUGCCUUUUGUAAAGACCUGCCUAAUGGUCCUGCCUUCAGUGCAGACAAUAUGGAAGAGCGUAACAGAUGUUGUCAUUGCCCCAUUGUGUAGGAGCGUAGGACGCAGCUUCUCUUCUGUCAGCCUGCAACUGAGCCAUGACUGAAUAUUUGGACCCCAGGUCCAGAGAUUUGGAUACUGUAAUACUUCUUUGUUGUUAUAACAUAAAGGCACUACUGUUCUGUUAACUCCCCAAAUGUUCAAAUUAAGAAAGCUAUUAAGAUGGGCAACCACAUAUAGAAAUGUUUAUUUUCAGAUCUUUUCAAAUAAUGCUUUUCUAUAUUAAAAGCCAAGGAUUUCAUAUCUAACUUUAUAACCAGAAUUAUUAAGUGGGUUGGCAACACUUAAUUUUGAAGGCAGACAGUUCUUGCUUUAGUAUGUAAGUAUACAUUUUGUAAUGAUGAAUCUAUAAUGAUCAAGGAACAUUUCUCUCAAACACUACAAUAGUUUUGUGUACAACUGCUCAUAAAAAUAUGGAAUUUCUUAUUUUUCUUUUACUUUGGAAGUAAUACUUCUUAAAUUACCUUUGCAGGUAAAGUCAUGGGGAUACUUAGAGAUAAGAUAAUACAAAGAUUCUAGAAAUUACAGUAACAAAAGCAUACAGUGAUGAUAGGGGCUCUCAAAUAUAAUAAAACAAAUGUGAAAAUAUGUUCCUUUAAAUAGGGCAUAGUUAACCUACAGGCAUAUUUAACAAGAUGUUUUAAUUUACUGUAUAUUUUGUACUUAUUGUAAAUGUUGCUCUAAUCAGAUUGCUUUAAAGAACUCAUUAUAUUUGUUAUCUUGUUGAGCUAAUAUAUAGGAGUAAAUGUAUCUUCCACAAGGAACUUCACUGGUGAGAUUGCACUGUCUUGAUUACAUAAGCAUAUGCAUCUUCUUUGGUAAUAGAAUGGAAAAGAGAGAUAUACAAGGCUUUUCUUUCUAACUUUUCCAAGCAAAAUCCUGAAGUGUUUUAUGGCUGAUGUUUAUCUGGCUGUGAUCUUAAUACAAACCCAACUGAUAUUUCAUCUAGGAGAUGCUUUCUGUCUUGUAAUUAGAAAUUAAACCUGUAUUCUGCAUUCCUAUUAAUGUUUCACUUUACCUUCAAGUAAUAUUGGUGCUAUUUAAUAACAUUUUAAAAUAAAGGCUAUUUCUGACACUUAAGUACAAUUUCAACUACAGUAAUUCACGUAGUAAUUUCAGGAGAGUUGUCAAUUUACUGGGUCCAUGCUACUGAGCUACGUAUAUAUAAAUUAAAAACUAACAGCUGCAAACUUUCAAGAUGUUAUCUAAUAUGAAUCUUGUACACAGUAUAAAAUUAUUCUUAUUAUUUUUGAACUGUAGAGUCCUAUUUCAGUGUUAUGAGUCACUGUUGUUUUAAAAAUCUCUAUUGCAAAAUGAUAGGCAUGUACAAAAGAUGUCUGUGAUGUGAGUGGUUAACUAUAAUUUGCGUAUCUUAAAAGUGUGUAAAUGCUCAAAUUUCAGAAUUACUAUCAGAACUCGGAUUAACAUUCCUUUGAAUAUCUUCAUAGAGGACAACUCCUCAUUCAAUGAAGAUUAAUUUUAUUUUCCCAAAUUCUAAGGCUGGUGAAUAUACAGGAUGAUUGAAUUGGAAUACUAUUGGGGACCAAAGCAAAUGAAUGAUCAGAUUAUGAAACUCAUAUCCUUUUGAAGGUAGCUACAAAAGAGAUUUUUCAAAGCUGCCUUAGGCCAUUGUAGCAUCCUUAGAAAACACUCUCAUGAUCAUUAACUUCAAGCAUUACUACUCAUUUGACUAUAUAGAUGUUACUAUAUAGUUAGUUAAAAAGGUCAAUAAGUCUCAUGACUUUAUACCUUGUAUUUAAGAUGUUUUUAAAAAAUAUUUGGAUAUGUUGAUUGGGCAAAUGUAUUUGAUUAAUAAAAUAUCUAUCUAAAUAAAUCAUGAGCUUCUAUCUUCUAGCUAUUGGCAAGUUUUAAAGCCAAAAUAUAUACACAGUCAUAUAAUAAAAC